GUGUCCGCAGAUACGUGGCAGGUUUUCUCCGACAGGUUGGGAAGAUGUGUGACCCGGAAGUACUUUCCGGUAGCACCAAACAAGAGGAUGUUCUGUUAGCCUGUUUGUUAGCAAGCUGCUAGCCAAGUCGGGAAGUUGCAAUAUUAUAAUAUUAUAAUUACUGACAGCUAAAUCUGGAAGAAACGAUGCGGGGUAACGUGUGUUUGCAAGUGAACGUUGACGUGUCAGAGAUUCUUUAUUUGUGAAUUUUGAGAGUUACCCAAUUUAGUUAGCUUAGUUUUGCUAGCUUAGCUAACGCUAUCGAGGCCAGAUGCUGUAACGUCUGUUUAUUUAACGUGGAUGUUUUUCAGCGACCUGAGCUGGUAUUAGAUUACAGAAACGUGUAUUUAAAUAAUAGCUAUUGUUAACAAACAGCUGCAGCUCGGGGAAUGUAAUUGAACUUGACGAGCAGGAUUGAAAGUGCGUGUUAAAGUGUAGGUUGGUUUUGAUGGUUUAGCUUAGCAGAAGAUUAGCCGAAGAGAAAAGUGCUGUCAUGGACGAUUUUAGCUCGAUCAGCCUGCUGUCUCUGGCCAUGUUGGUGGGAUGUUAUGUGGCCGGGACGAUACCUUUAGCUGUCAACUUUUCAGAGGAGCGGCUGAAGCUGAUCACUGUGCUGGGAGCCGGGCUGCUGUGUGGGACGGCGCUGGCUGUCAUCAUUCCUGAGGGGGUUCACGCACUUUACGAAGACAUCCUUGAAGGUGGACAUCACAGCCACGGCCAGGCUGGAGUCGUGGAGGUGUCCGAGGCGAAGGGUGAAGCAGACGCCAGUGUCGGCGGGAAACACGAGCACAGCCACGAGCAGCUCCACGCCUGCAUCGGAGUGUCUCUGGUCCUCGGCUUCGUCUUUAUGCUCCUGGUGGAUCAGAUUGGCAGCUCUCAUGUGCACAGCACCGAAGGUUUGGAUCCAGAGGCAGCGAGGACCGCCUCCUCAAAGAUCACCACCACCCUGGGGCUCGUGGUCCACGCUGCAGCUGAUGGCGUUGCUCUGGGCGCUGCUGCCUCCACCUCUCAGACCAGCGUCCAGCUCAUCGUCUUUGUGGCGAUCAUGCUGCAUAAGGCUCCGGCAGCCUUCGGCCUGGUGUCCUUCCUGAUGCAUGCUGGUCUGGAGAGGAACCGCAUCCGCAAACAUCUCCUGGUGUUCGCCCUGGCAGCGCCCGUCCUCGCCAUGCUCACCUUCUUAGGCCUCAGUCAGAGCAGCAAGGAGGCUCUGUCAGACUUCAACGCCACCGGUGUGGCCAUGCUGUUCUCUGCCGGCACCUUCCUCUACGUGGCCACCGUCCACGUCCUCCCCGAGGUCGGGGGCGGCGGCCACAGCCACGCUCCUGCAGGGGGCAACGGAGGGAAAGGACUGAGCAAGGUGGAGGUGGGAGCUCUGGUGCUGGGCUGCCUCAUCCCUCUGGUGCUGUCCGUGGGUCACCACCAUUAGACCCGCAGUGGGAGCAUGGACGGGUGUGCAGAGACUUCAAACGUCGUGGAUCUAAACGUCUCGCCGCUUGUUGUCUGCUGAUGGACAUCGAGCGACUGGAGCUCGUUUCGGGACUUUUGAUGACUCGAGCUGAGAAAGGAAAUGAAGGCUGUUUCUGCAGUGACGACGAAACAUCUUCCAGCUGCUGUUUGUGGAACCUGAGCGCCGUUUUAUUUCCAUCACGUGGAGGUUUCUGUGUUGCGUCAUCGUGUUUGUCUGGAGGCAGAAGCGCUGACAUCAUCGCAGCGGCGUUUCACUAGAUGGCAGUUUCACAGUGAGAUUUGAUGAUGACAGCAAACUCUCUUUUUUUAUAAUUGUACAGAGUCUUUAGCAACAGUCCACUUUGAUUUGAUCUUCAAGUGCCAUAUUAUCAAGAUGAGCCCCCGAGGAGCCGUGAGGACUUCACACUUUGGAGGAAACGUUCCUGAAUUAUUCUCCUGCCAUCAGAGAUGUUUUUCUCGCAGGAAGCAGGACGAGCCGUCGGCCCGAGUAACCAGCGUCACCACUUUGUUUUGCUCGUCUGUGUCCCUGUGGAGCCUGGAUGAUGGCGUCUCUCACAACGCUUCAGAUCUGUGAGGAGGACACCUUCAUCUGGACCUGUUGAUUUCUCUUCUGUUGUACUUGGGGAGUAAUUCUACAUAGAAGCUCGAGGGGGAGGGAAUCUGUUUAGAAUUAUGUGACGUGAUUAUAUAAAGUUGCUCAGUUCAUUUAGAGGUGGGGGGUUUUUAUUUCUGCAGCUCUGGAUGAAGGACUGAACCGUUGAGGGACCAUCGGCUCAGGAGGACCGGAGAGUUUGGAACAAAACUUUUUAUUUGUUUGGUUAAUCCUCAUUAAUUAAUCUUACACUUACACCCCCCCCCCCCCCCCCCCCCCCAGUUACUGGUUGAUGCACAUAAAUGUAAGUAGGCCGGGGCUGCGAUCAGUUUCAUCGUUGCUUAAUCUGCAGUUUGUUUUCUACGUUAAUCGUUUUGUCUCUGAAGUCUUUAAAUGUCUCUAAAACCCAAACGAUCGGAUGUGAAACAGAAACGCACAGAAGCUCCACUCUUUUUCCUCAUCGCUGCAGCUGUAAGUCGUGUUGUUGGGACACGUGGAUGUAGUCCCUGUGCCUGCAGAGCUCCUGUGUCUGCGCUGUAGUAACGUCACCGCCGGUCACGCGGAGCGGCGUCCUCACAAACACAUCCUCUUUGUAAUCGUUCACUUUGUGUCUGUGGACGAGUCUUGUGGCGUUCUGAGAGCAACGCGCUGAUGCUCCACAUCAGAGGCUCGCAUGCUGGUUUGUUUCUUAUGGGACGCUGUGUGUGAACAAAAGGGACCCCCCCCCCCCCCCCCCCCACAGGUUGGAGGGCAGCCCCAUUAUGUGCCAUUUCAUCUUUUCAAACGUCGUACGUCAGAGACUUCCUGUCCUCAUGAAAUAAUGUCAUUAAAUGAAAUGAAUCCACUGCA